UCCAAGUAUGGAUUGGUUUAAAGAAACGACAUUUUCAAGUCCUCCCUCUCUCCUCCUCCUCCCAACUUCCUCCACGAUGCCCUGAUUCCCGCCGGAGAUCAAGGCCGGCGAUCCUGAUGCUACCAACGCAACGUUUCAUGCCGGAGUAUCGAAGAUGAGAAGCAUCAACGACAGCGUCGAGACCGUCAACGCCGCCGCUACUGCCAUCGUCUCCGCCGAGUUGCGAGUACAGCCCGCUGCGGUUCAGAAGAGAAGAUGGGGAAGCUUUUGGCGCCUUUACUGGUGUUUUGGUACUUUUGGAUCUCAUAGAAGCAAUAAGAGAAUUGGCCCUGCUGUCCUUGUUCCUGAACCAGUGGUACCAGGACCUUCAGUCCCUAUUGCCGACAAUGUAGUCAAUCAAACUGGCAUUGUAGUACCCUUUAUUGCCCCUCCAUCCUCUCCUGCAUCAUUCCUCCAAUCAGAUCCUCCAUCUGCCACCCAGUCCCCUGCUGGAUUACCAUCUCUCACUUCUCUUUCUGUCAAUGCCUAUUCUCCCCGUGGACCUGCAUCCAUUUUUGCCAUAGGUCCUUAUGCACAUGAAACUCAGUUAGUCACACCACCUGUUUUCUCUGCUUUGACAACUGAACCAUCCACUGCUCCUUUUACUCCACCUUCUGAAUCUGUUCAGCUGACUACACCUUCGUCCCCUGAGGUUCCAUUUGCACAACUGCUGACAUCGUCAUUGGAGCGUGCUCGAAAACAUAGUGGGACCAAUCAUAAAUUUGGAUUAUCUCAUUAUGAUUUCCAGUCUUAUCCACUCUACCCAGGGAGCCCUGGUGCCAAUAUCAUAUCACCUGGAUCUGCAAUCUCCAAUUCUGGCACCUCUACUCCUUUCCCUGAUAAACACCCUAUGCUUGAGUUCCGAAUGGGGGAGGCUCCAAAAAUUUUUGGUUUUGAGCAUUUCACUACUCGCAAAUGGGGCUCGAGGCUUGGUUCUGGUUCAUUGACACCAGAUGGCCUGGGGCAAGGUUCAAGGCUUGGUUCUGGUACUUUAACUCCAGAUGGUAUGGGCCUGGGUUCAAGGCUGGGUUCGGGAUGUUUGACACCAGAUGGUGUUGAUCCUGCCUCACGAGAUGGUUUUCCUCCGGACAGUCAGAUUUUGAACAUAGCAGCUCUUGCCGAUGCAGAGAAUGUAUCAAAAGGUGAUGAUAUUGUAGUCGAUCACAGAGUCUCUUUUGAGUUGAGUGGUGAAGAUGUUGCACGCUGUCUUGAAAUAAAGUCAGUCACACCUAUUAGAACCACGUCAGAAUGUCCAAAGAACACGGUGACAGAUGCUGGGUUGGAAAAUGGAAUGUCAACUGAUCAAGGAAGUAGUGAAUUCUCUAUGAAGGAAAUUUCUGAAGAAACAUUCAAGAAAGCUUCAGGAGAAACAGAAGAAGCUCAUUGCUAUCAGAAGCAUCGUUCUGUUAGUCUCGGAUCAAUCAAAGAAUUCAACUUUGACAGCUCAAAAGGAGAAGCUUCUGAUAAAACCACCAUCAAAUCUGAGUGGUGGGCCAAUGAAAAGGUUGCUGGGAAAGAAACUCGGCUUGGAAACAACUGGACUUUUUUCCCAAUGUUGCAGCCAGAGGUUAGCUGACAUUGAAACCAUGUGAAAUAGCUUAACCUCAACUAAUGGGAUUUACUGUGCUAGAGCCACUAACCUUUCAGAUUUUGAUCUGAAGGUUAUACUCUUUAGAAGUUUGGGAAUGGUUGACCAGUGGCCAAAAUUCAGAGGUCAGAAGACUACUCUAGUAUCUUAUGACCCCGAAAUUGUCCAGACAUGAAAUAGUUCAUAGUGAUGAACUGAUGAUAUUUUGGGUACCAACAGAGCAUUCUUUUAAAAUUUCUAUACCCAAUGUUAUACAAAAAAUAGGAUUUAGAAAUGUAUUAUUAUUGCCUUUUCCCAUAUGUAUAAUAACGUAAAUUAUGUUUUUCAGCAGCAGGAAGUCUGCAGUUCAUUUGAAAGUGUAGGUGGUUGUAUACUCUGCAGUCCUUCUGUAUUUGGUAAUUCCCAUUAGGCAGAGGUUCUAAUGAUUUGUCCCUGCAACAGAAUAAUUUGUAUAUCCUUAUUAUUUUUCAUUAACUUUCUGUUUCUGGUCUGAGAUUUUGAGAUUUUGUCCCACAGCUUCCCCAACCCUCCUGAAUGUACCAGAAAGGCAAAAGCAUUUGAUCAAGGUAUGGAGAUAUGUUUUUAGCAUCCAAAAUUUUUUGUAGGGCAGAGACCAGUGAUCCGUUGCUAGUGUACCGAAGCUUAAAUGGAACAACUUAAGGUCGAUGCCUGUGCUGUCCAUGCUUGGUUGUGCUGGCUAAGGAUAAGAAGUGUGAUGUCUGUUAAGUAGCAGCCAAGCUCAUGUCUCUGUCCCACCACUUACUUAUCCAAGCAAGGAGAAGAGACAGAAAAGAAAGAAACAGACUGUGAAGUGUGAACCAACAAAUUGUUCAUCAUUCGACAAAUCCAGACAGAAGAUAAUGAUAAACAGGCAACAUCCCACAUCCCCUUCGGGUAGAUAAUAGUCAAUGGCUUAGCACGCGUAUAUGAGACUGUUAAUCCCCUUGACUUUUCUCAAAGCGUUCAUAUAUUGUCA